AGUACUACUCAGGAUAUUGAAAGUGGUGUUAUAUGUGAAAUACGCGCGAGACUAAAUACGUUAAAUUAAAUGUGAAAUCGGGAUAAUUUAAAUUUAUACAGUGAAGCGUCAACAAAUUUCCAUGUAGUGCUCGAUUUAAUAUCACUUUUUUGACUAUUUUUAUUUUUAUUGCUUCUCGAUAUAUAAAAAGUUGUAGUGACCGUGCUUUUAAUUACUUUAUCAACAAUAAAAAGUUUGUGUGAUGCAAAACGUAUACUUGAGUGCUAAUUAAUACAUUAUCAAAGAUAUAAUUGGAUUACGUUUGGAUUAAUAUUUAAAAAGAAUAAGGUACAUAUAGUUACUAUUCUAUUGGAUAAUACGUACGCGGAUCUAUCUUUAGCCAGGCGUAAAUAUUUAUUUUUUCGAGUCUUCAGCAAUGAAAUCCCCUCCACCGUCCGUAGAAACCGAUGACUGCGACGAUAUUUUCGGCCCUCCCCGUACUUAUCCUGGUGGAUACUGUCCCCCGAAGAACCGCCCUUCUAUGAUCUCACCCAAGUACCGUCUAAAAGAAGAACGAAGGAAAGUACUAAAAAUUAGUCUUAAUAAACUGAAGAAAAUCGAAGAUGCCGAGAGAAGUUUAUGUCGAUCAGUACUAAUAAAUAAUACGGUGAAACGUUUACAGCAGGAAGUCAAGGAAGAAAAAUGUCAAAAAUAUUUCAAUUAUCCUCGUUGUUUUGACAAUUACAUGAGCUUAAAGAACGAGAGAAAUGAAGAGAAUCAAUUGAUACCUGCGGAAACAUAUACCAUAGAUAACGAUUUGGACACCGUUAACAAAGAUGUUCUGACUAUCGUAGAAGAGAAUUUGAACGGUUUAAAUAGUUCAGAGAGUUAUCGAUUCUCUGAUACUUCCACGGAGAAUACCACCUGCGGCGAUAGAUUAUCUUCUAGGAAACGUUCAUUCGACGAUAUGGAGGACUGUGAUGUGCAAGACGUACUUUCCCAAUUCUACAUGCCGCCAACUCCCAGGAUGCUGACCUGCAUAGAUGACGACGAAGAUGUCAACGUCGUCGACGACGAACCGUCGUCACCUAAAAAGGUUAAACCCGAUUCAGAGCAAUCAGAUUCUGAGAAAAAUAGUUGUGAUAGUUCCGUAGCCAAUUUUAAUAAUGUUUUACAAAACAAUACACAGGAAUCGCGUUUAAGGUACUCGAAUUCAAGCGAAAACGAUAAUUCGUUGAGUUGUGGACAAGCGUCGAUGUUUAGUGAAUACCAAAGUAAUGUUUUUCACAACUUAAUCGCUUCUUUGGAAACGUAGUGUUUUAUAGAAAAGCAUAGACGAUUACAAUAACUUUUUUAUGUGAUAUUUAGAUUCAAUUCUAAUUGGUUAAUUUUUAUUUUAACUAUUUAAUUUAUUGUAUUAACAGGAUAUAUCAACAAAGUUUUUUUAUCUAAUUAGUUCUACCUUAAUCUUUUCUAAACUGUCCCCAAUGAUUAAGUAUAUUAAGGGUUUCUAUUAGCUUUUUUGUCAUAUUCAAAGGUCCUGUCGUAAUUUUUUUAUUUUUUAACUUUGUUAUAGUAUUUAUUAAACAUUUCUACUCCAUGAAAAGUUGUUAAAAUUUGAUAUUUUAAGAGUUUGUUACACUUUUUUAUCAUUUUUAUUGAAACUUACUUUUAAUAUUUCCAUACUUUGAUAUUUUGAUGGCUUAUAAAAAAUUUUAGUCAUUCAUGCAAGAGCUAUUUCCAAAAAUUGCAUAUUUUAUUAGUUCAGACAACUUUUUUGUCAUAUUUAUGGUAAUGUUUCUUUUUUAUUGUCAAAAUUUGUGAAAAUUUCGAUUGUUUAUUGAAAAUUUUAGUUCACGAGUGACACACCGUUUCAAUACCAAAAAUUAGUGUUAAAGUAAAACAAAGGCUUAACUGCUAUAAUUUUACAAGAGAAACAAAAGUUUCCAAACUAUGUAUCCAAUUAAAUUUUUGUUAAUAGCUGUAAAUUAGUGUUUUGCUUCAGAAGCCUCAUUAAAAAAAGAAUAUAAGCCAAUUGUGUGUUUUUUGUAAUUGCGUCUAUAUUUCUUAGACUUAAAAUUACCCAAACGCAAAAUAUUUUUUUCCAUUGGCUUUGAAAAUGGCUAAGGAACAAAAAAUGCGUGGUUGAGGUGGCAGAAGGAAACUGAUUUGAAAAAAAAAAUAAUAAUUUUAAGAAUCUUUGGCCUACCUACCAGGUAAGGUUCUAUAUUCGUUUUCUGUUGGUAUAACAUCAACCAAUUUUGUAAUUUUUUGCUCGACAAUACAAUUAAUUAGGUACAAACAAUGAUCCACUUUCUAUUUUCUUUUAAAACACGCCGAAUUUAACAAAUUGUAUUUAAUAACAUUAUAUAUUACAGUUUUUGAUCAUAUUUUUCACAAAGAGCUUCCAAAUUAUCUUCAUUUAAUUAGUUUUGAAGUUGGUACUAUCAUCCCUAUGAAACCCUAUCAUCUAUUGUCAAUUCGUUUGAAUUUGGGGCCAAAUCAAAAGAUUCCCGAAAAUGUUUAUGUCGAAUAGUUGUUUUCAGCGGAUACCAAAAAAAAACAAAUUACCUUUAUAAAACUUACUCCUCAUUGAGUGAAAGGAUUAAAACAAUUCUAGUUGAAAUAAAAUUGAAAAGUAUAUUAUUAUUAAAGAUUAAUAACUAACUGAUCUUACACAUUAGAGGAUAUUUUCUAGUUUAGAGGACUCCUAAAGUUUUGAUAUGUAUUUUCAAAUAUUCUUAACUAGCUUUCUAAGAACCACACGGAACUAAGAUUUUCAUAAAUAAAGGAAAACAAUUGGAUAGUGCAAUUUUAGAAACGGUGCUGUUAUUGAUGAUGGCCACUGAGAUUUCCAUUUUAACCUUAUAGAAUCGGAAAUUUUUAUAGAAACAGAAGUUUUUUCCCGUGUCACUAAAUCCUACCAUAUGAUCCAAAAUCACCACCCUACACAGAAAAAACAGUGGUCUAAUUUUCAUCUUAGUAACACGGAAAUUUUAAAACUAAACCAACCUAACCUAAUCUAAUGAUCCGUAUCCAAUUGCCACGGACUUACUAAGGCUAUUCUUACAAUCAAAUUAUUUAUUAAUAAAUUUUUUGUAUAAUUAGUUCUAAAUGAAUGUCAGGUUUCAUUUGUAGGUGGUAUUUAAUCGUGGAUGAUAUUUUAACCUGGCGUUAUAUAGGUGGAAAAUUCUUACACCAGUACAUAUUUGGGGUCUGUGAAAACUCAUUUUCCAAACUUUAACAUUUCCUUUCACUUUAAAUUUUCCAAUAUUUUAUACUUUCAUAUACUUAAGCAAUCAUCUAGAAAUCAUAAUAACUCAAAAAAAUACUUUAUCGAAAAUUUAUUUAGAGAAAAAGAACUAAAUAAAAGAACCAUGUGUAUUUUGGCCUGCUGAACAACACAUUUUUUUUUCUAAAAAUCAGUUAAACAAAAAUAAAAA